GCAACGCGCAUCGGUUUGAUCCUCCCACAAAAAAAUAAGAGUGACUCGAUGUUCGUUUGUUGGCCCGUGGUUAUGUGUGUGUGUGUGAGAGAGCGCAGCAGGAGGAAGACUGGUGGCUUUCUUUAAGAGCUGACGGGGACGGACAGAAAACAAUACCGAAUACGUGGUCAUACCCGAUUCACUCUGCUGCUGAGUCGCGCCGGUCAAUAAAAGUUCACUUUUGGGAGACGUAAAAAUGGGGAUCCGCAAAAAGACCAACAAGAACCCGCCGGUGUUGAGCCACGAGUUUAUCAUCCAGAACCAUGCCGAUAUUGUGUCCUGUGUUGCUAUGGUGUUCCUCCUCGGGUUGAUGUUUGAGGUCACCUCGAAGGUUGCAGUGCUGUUCAUCACUGUCCAAUACAACGUUACGACCUCUGCAAACGAGGGCCUGCCAGAGGAGAGUGUGGUGAACCACUUCCACCACGGUCUGAAGGAUGUGGCUACGGUCUUCUUCUACAUGCUGGUGGCCAUCAUUAUCCACGCCAUCAUUCAGGAGUAUGUUCUGGACAAAAUCAACCGGAAGAUGCACUUCUCGAAGACCAAGCACAGCAAGUUCAACGAAUCAGGCCAGCUCUCUGCCUUCUACCUGUUCUCCUUCGGAUGGGGAACCAACAUCCUCAUGUCGGAGAACUUCCUGUCCAACCCAGUGAAUCUGUGGGAAGGCUACCCCCAUACCUUGAUGCCGUUUCAGUUGAAGUUCUUUUUCAUCUGUCAGAUGGGCUACUGGCUUCACGCUCUGCCCGAGCUCUACUUUCAGAAGACCAAGAAGGAGGAUAUUCCUCGGCAGUUGGUGUAUAUCGCUCUGUACUUGGUCCACAUCGCAGGAGCCUACAUCCUCAAUCUGAAUCGUCUAGCUCUGGUCCUGCUGGUGUUGCACUGCUUCGUAGAGCUUCUCUUCCACGUGUCCCGCCUGGUCUACUUCAGCAACGAGAAGAGACAGACUGGGUUUACUGUCUGGGCAAUACUGUUUGUUCUUGGACGGCUGCUCACCCUGUCCCUGUCUGUCCUGACUGUGGGUUUCGGCCUGGCCAACGCUGAUCAACAGGUACUGGACCUGGCUAACGGAAACUUCAACGUGCUCUUUGUUCGGAUCACUGUGCUGGCGACCAUCUGUGUGACUCAGGCCUUCAUGAUGUGGAAAUUCAUCAACUUCCAGCUGAGGAGGUGGAGAGAGCAGGCCCAGGCCCAGCCCGUGAAACCCAAGAAGCCCCAAGCUCCCAAGACCAAGUCCAAGAAAGACAAAGCCAAUGGAGUGAACGGAGUAAGUUCCAACGGAGCUGAUUCGCCGAGAUCAAAGAAAGAGAAGUCCUCAUAAUGUCCCCCCUCAACCCCUCCAACCCCUACCUACCCACCCCA